AUGUCGGGCAUUCGCGUGCUUGUUGGAUGUAAGAGAGUCAUUGACUAUGCAGUGAAGAUUCGAGUCAAGCCAGACAAAUCAGGGGUCGUCACCGAUGGGGUCAAGCACAGCAUGAACCCCUUUGAUGAGAUCGCUGUGGAGGAAGCUGUGAGGCUGAAAGAGAAGAAGAUUGUUUCAGAAAUCGUCGCUGUGUCUUGUGGUCCCACGCAGUGUCAGGAAGUUCUUCGCACUGCCAUGGCCAUGGGAGCUGACAGAGCCAUCCACGUGGAAGUCGAUCCUGCGACAUACGAUCACCUUCAGCCCUUGCACGUGGCCAAGAUCCUCUCUAAAGUAGCCCAGGAGGAGAAGGUGGACUUGGUCUUAACUGGCAAGCAGGCCAUUGAUGAUGAUGCCAAUCAGACGGGACAGAUGAUUGCAGCCUUGCUCGACUGGCCACAGGCAACUUUUGCUAGUAAGGUGGAGAAAACCAAUGGAGAGUUGAAGGUCCUGCGUGAAAUAGACGGAGGCCUGGAGACAAUCAAGGUCAGACUGCCAGCUGUACUGACCACAGAUCUAAGGCUCAAUCAGCCUCGUUACGCUACACUUCCCAACAUCAUGAAAGCCAAGAAGAAGCCGCUGGUGAAGAAGACGCCUGCUGACUAUGGAGUGGACGUGACACCCAGACAGAAAGUGCUCAAGGUUGAAGACCCACCAGUCAGGCAAGCUGGCGCCAAGCUGGCCAGUGUGGAAGAACUUGUGGCCAAACUUAGAGAUGCUGGUUUAAUACCAACAUGA